AUGCAGCGUUUAAAGCCAGCACAUGAAAUUUAUAAUCGUUUAAUUUGGGACAAGGAACAAUUUGGUGAUUUCGUCAUAGGAUACGAAGAUAGAUUUCUAGGAAUUAUGGAAGCAACUCGAGAAGAAUUCGAGGAAGCGGAGAUACCA